GGAAAAAAAAUUGCUGGAUCACGCCGCGGCGCAUAUGCAAGAAAGCUAGACUCAUUUCCACCUGCCAGACCAGAACUUUUGACUCUCCCUUCUCUCUUGUUCCCCUGGAAUGGCUAAAUGAUUGAAUUUCUCAACUGAGGAACAAACACCAAACGCUGUCUGAUUUCCACCCGGCGCAUUCCCCCCCCAAGCGCCAACGUCUGUCUCAAGUUAGCCUCCCAGGGCCGAGCCAUGUCCUCCUCAUCAACAUCUCGCGAUGCCCAGAGCUCUAUUGACAGAAAUUCUAGUUCCACAUCGCUGACAACCGGAAAGGCGGCAGCUGUGCCUCCAAAACUGUCGACGCGGGAAAAUGAGCUAGAGCUGAAGGAUAUCAAACCCGAAGAUGGAAACAGCGGCAACCCCAAACCAUCUCUCCCCAUCGAGGAGGAUAUUAUGCAACUGGCUCGACUGGGAGAAAUAGCGGCCAUACAAAAGCUAUUCGAAAGCGGUAAAUUCAAUGCCAGAUAUGCAGAUGAAGAGGGUAUUACUCCUUUGCAUUGGGCGGCAAUAAACAACCGGUAUGCCCUUUGCAAGUUCUUGCUCGAGUCCGGCGCCGACGUAAAUGCGAAAGGCGGCGAGUCUGUAGCCACGGCGGCUAUGUGGGCAGCUCAGCGCUGCCAUUAUUACAUCGUGAACCUUUUACUCCAGCACGGCGCAGACCCUCUAUCUACCGAUAUCCAAGGGUAUAACAUACUACAUCUUGCCACCAUCGAUGGAAACGCAUUCCUCCUCGUCCUCCUCCUACACCAAGAAAUCCCCGUCGACUCGCCAGAUCCCCAGGGUCACACUGGUCUGAUGUGGGCAGCAUACAAAGGUUUUCCGGCCUGCGUGGAUCUAUUUCUACGGUGGGGCGCAAAUGUAAACGCUGUGGACGAAGGGGGACUGUCUCCACUACACUGGGCAUUGGUGAAGGGCUCCCCGGCGUGCGUUCAGAAGAUCAUCGAGUAUGGCGCGGACCGAUUUGCGAAGACGCGAGACGGAAAGACGCCUGCGACAGUAGCGGCCGAAAUGAAAACAGUUCAUGCGUGGUAUCGCGCACUCAACGAAUGUGGUUAUGACCGAGAAGGCAACCUUCGAAUGCUUCCUUUCGGGCUGACAGCCCUAGCACGGACAAAGCGGUUCACGUCGAAAUUUUUCUUCUUUUGGCCAUUCCUUGUCAUACUCUUUUCAAUAUUCACUCUCAGCAACACGGUUAUAUAUAUUGAUACAUAUUCAUCACACCCGUUUUUAAAUUUUUUCUUCAUAAUAUUUUUUGGCUUGACUACAUAUUUCUAUGGUCUCGCAAUGCUCGAAGAUCCCGGGUUUGUCCCUAAGCUAGGAAGCAGAAAUCAACAGAGGGAUACGAUAACACAACUCUUUGAUGUCUGGAAAUUUGACGAAGACAACUUUUGUGUAUAUUGCAUGAUUAGGAAGCCGUUACGCAGCAAGCAUUGCAGACGUUGUAAGCGUUGUGUGUCUAAGCAUGACCACCAUUGCCCAUGGAUCGAUAAUUGCGUUGGCGCAAAUAACUUGCGCCACUUUAUUUUGUAUAUCUUUAGCAUGGAAAUUGGCAUUAUUUUCUUUAUACAAUUAGUGAUGGCUCAUAUCGAUUUAAUUCCCGCACGUUCCGAUGCUGAAUGCAACAUCCUCUCCUCAGUUCUUUGCGAUAUCCUCAGUCGAGAUACUUUCACCAUCAUCCUCACGAUAUGGAUCAGUAUCCAGCUUAUAUGGGUGAGCAUGCUGUGUGUCGUCCAACUUGUCCAGAUAUCCCGCAACCAGACCACCUACGAAAGUAUGCACGGGCACACAUUAGACUACGCGAACUCAGCCUCAGCAGCCGUUACCUCUGCCAUUACAACCGGCACAGCCUCAGCCGAUAUUGGUGGCCUCUCCGCGACGGGCCAAGGGCCAAACCCAGCAAUCCCGCCAACUACAAUACCAUCACACCGCCGACCCCCUCCCCUCCGUCACGACCACGGCUGUUUAUCUCAAUGGAAGAAAUUGCUGGGUCUAGAUACCUUCGUAGCCACCGCACAAGAUGGCCUUGAUCGACGCGGUGGGGCGCGAUCCAGGAACCCCUUUUCGCGUGGCGUUGUUACGAAUUGCAAAGAUUUUUGGUGCGAUAGUCAGCCGUAUUUCGGCAAGCGGGAUACAGGAAGUGCGAUGUUGGGCGGUGAAACUGUAAAUUACUCUCGUCUAUUCGAUAUGCCGCUUAUGACGCGGACCGGAGGCAGUAGGGCAGGUUCCGGUAUGGUAUACCGGAGCGUUGCGGGCGAAGACGCUGUAUAGAUUUGAUGGCGCUGAUGUAUUCGUAUUUUAAUUACAUGGCUUGACGGUACAGACGAGUGGUUUGGGCGAAUUGGUGGGGUGAUUGAUUUAUACAAAUUAUAAUAAUAAUAUAU